AUGACACCCCAUUCCAACAAUCCUUCUCCCAGCGUCGGACAGCCCACUCCUCCCGCGGGCUCUUCGUCGGCCACAGCCACUACCACAGCAAACACCAACGAUUCCGACGAUGGCAACACUCCGGAGGAACGCCCAACUCACACCUCGGAGAUCGGAACUCUCAAGAAGCUGUCGAAUCAGGGCACUGCCUGGCUGGGGAGUUCGUCGGGCGUUUACUUUGUCAACACCGUCCGUCGCGCCUUUUCCGCCGCCUUUGCCUCUUCCAACCUUGGCGGCCCCAAUGCUGUCCCCGCGAGUGAAGAUAUUCUCACUGGCGAAGAUGCUGAAGGUCGCUCGUACAAUGGUCCUUUGCACGAGGGCCCGAGCACCACUGACCAGUUCCCACAUCUGCUCGCGUCCGCGCUUGGGGAGCCGCCCGAGAAGGACAUUGCCAUCGAACUGGUCAUGUCUUUUUUCAGAGCAUGGCAUCCGUUGUUCCCCUUCCUCCAUGGGCCGACGUUCCUGAAGGACAUGGAACUGAUCUACACCAACCAACGACGGUCGUCUAAAGCGAGGAAAGAAAGCCCAGCCCCGACCGAACUCAAGAAACUGGUGACUUUCCAAUUGAUCAUCAAUAUUGCCUCCCUCGACCGAACCGACAUUCAUCUUCCGAUGGAGUCCCGGAUUAAAUCUACUGCGGAUGUCAGCCGCGUCGCUGCCUGCCUCGCGCUGUCCCAUGACCUCUCAACCAUUCAAGCUAUCCUGGCGGCCGAGCUCUAUCUUUGUGCCACUCUCGCCAUUCGACAAGCCAGCUUGGUCGCUGGUAUCCUUGUCAAGCUGAUCUACCAUUCUGGUCUCCACCGCUGUCCUCUCCGUUACGCCCAACUGUCCUUGGAAGAAUGUGAGAUCCGCAAACGAAUAUUCUGGUCCGCCUACGCUCUAGAUCGGCAUUGUAAUCUGAGCCUUGGCGAUCCCAACAUCAUCCAAGAUGAUGAUAUCGAUGUCUGCCUCUAUGGACCGGAGUUACACAAAGCUGGUGGACCGGAUAUAAUUGCCGACCCAAGUAUGGGAAUGCCCAUGCCUCCACCCCCGGUACCUUCUGGAAUCGCGGGAGGGGAGGACGACGGACCGGAAGCACGAGAGAAACAUUUGAGAGAAGCAGCGUUGACAGCGUAUGUGCAUUGGGCCAAACUGACGGGCCAGAUCAUCGAGAUUUUUCACAAGAGCAUCAACCAUCGCUUUCCAAAGCAUGAGCAAAUCUUGCGUCUGACCAGUGACAUUGAAACUUGGUGGAACAAUCUUCCUGGAUUCCUGACCGGAGAGACCGAUCAAAUCGACCUUCGAAGCCACGCCCAUGAACCUACCGAAGCCAACGGCCAGCCAUUGGGUGCCAAUCCGACCACGGCACAAGGUGCACCGUUCAUGUCCCUCGCUACCUCAGGGUUGCCUCCUCAGCAACACCUCGCUAGCUUCUUCAAGGUCUUGUACCACCGCCUCCUUCUCCUUGUCAACCGUCCACGUCUGUCACUUGAUCAAUCCACUCCCGAGUUCCAGCACGGGCUACAGCUCUGCAUCCGAGCCUCGCGGGGAAUCGUCUCGGGCUUAAAGUCACACAGGGCCCACGGCCAGUCAAUGUUCCUCCCAGGGCUGCUUUCCGCGGUGUGGAUGUCGGGCCUCAUCAUCGCCUUUGCGUGCCAGCUUGGAAAAUAUGCCAAAGCCCGAGCACUGAGCGAUAUGCAGUCCUGUCUAAGUAUGCUUGAGAGCAUGAAUAUCCGGUGGUACACGGUACAAAACUGUCACAAAGUGCUGAGUCUACUGCUUGUAAAUAUCCAAUCAAGAAAGGCCAACAGCAAUGGCUUCCUUACGGUUCCUAAACCUGAUCCAUUGCCACAACCACCUGCCAACGACCUCGACAACCAGCCUUCUAAGAAGCGCCGACGUACCGGAGGUACCGAGGAUGCCAGCCCUCGAAAAUCAUCCGCUACAGACUCGGUGUCAGGUUCGCCGGGUCAACAACUCCCAACAACAACGGGCGGAAACAGCCAACCCUCCUGGACCAAACAACAAAAACAACCCUCCACCUCGGGCAGCACGCCUUCAUGGGCGCCGUCCACUGGAUUUGACCCCACAAAUUCUUCUGCUCUCGCCGAACCCAUGCGACCUGUAUCAGGCUUCGAUUUCUCUAACUGGAACCGCGGCCAACCGAUGACGCAAUCCCACUUUAACCCUGGCAUAGGCAGCGCCGUGUACGCGACGCCUCAAGAUCUGGCUUUUGCCCAAUCGACCAUGAAUAUGACUCUCCCCGGAAGCACCGGCAACAGCAACCCGGGCGGUCUGGCCGGCGACGGGAACCCCGAUGCCCACAAUAAUCUGCAGGAAUAUUCGGACCCCAUGUUCUGGGGAAAUAUGGAUUACAAUGUGGCCGACAUUUUUGGCUCUGCGACCUGGGAAAACAUGACCGGCCCUUUCGCGCCGGGAGGUGGCGUCACUGGCGGGUGGGAGUUUUGA